UGUGGUGGGGGUAUUUCUGUGACCAGGGACAGAACUGUCUGCCUGUGUGUCCGAGAGGUUGCAAGCAAGGCAGUUCACAAACUCUCCGGACAACGAAAAGAAAAAAAAAACCAAGGUUGUCUACCGGCCAUUGUGGCUCCACAGGCCGAUAUAGCAUCGGCUCAGUUUCCCCUCUCGCUAGCACAUCCUGUUGCGAAGCAGCGCACCUCGGCCUCUCUCUCACACACACUCAUACGGAUACAGACACACACCCUGUGUGUGAAGAGCAAGCUGGAUGUGAAAUCUUGUGUCCUUGGCUAGCAGAGGAGCAGACUAGAUUUGAGUCUGUGUGCCUGGGCUAACGGUGGUAGAAGCCUGGAUCGAAAUGUGUGUGUCCGUGGGCUAGCUGAGGAGCUGGAUCAGAGCGUGUGUGACCCUCACUAUCUAAGGAGCGGGCUGGAUCCGGGCUAGCAGUGGCCCUUACUGUGGAGGGAAAGCAUUGCCGUGACUUUGUGACUCUGGGGAGCAAACCGGCUCAGGGGUCCCUCAUGAUGGGGUGCUGUCUAUUUGUGCAUCAGAAGAAGAAGAGGAAACAGAGGAGGAGGGAUGUGAACUCUCUCAGCCUGUGCAGCCUGGACAUCAACGAGCCCUGUAACAAGCGGGUGAAGCCUCUUUCUCGGGUUACAUCGCUGGCCAACCUCAUACCUCCAGUCAAGGCUGCACCUCUGAAGCGGAUCGGACAAACACUGCAGCGUUCCAUCAGUUUCCGCAGUGAGAGUCGGACAGAGUCGGUCAUGCCUCCCAGACCAUGGACGCGGCCGGCCCCGCCUGCCAACACCAAGCGGCGUGACAGCAAGCUGUGGAGCGAGACCUUUGACGUGCGGCUUGGACACCAGAUGCUGUCGUCCAAGGAGAUCAAUCGCCAAGAGGCGAUCUUUGAGCUUUCUCGAGGGGAGAAGGAUCUCGUUGAGGAUCUGAAUCUGGCCAAGAAGGCAUACCAUGACCCAAUGCUGAAACUGUCCAUCAUGACAGAACAUGAGCUCAACCAGAUCUUCGGAACCCUGGAAUCUCUCAUUCCGCUGCAUGAAGAUCUGCUGAGUCGACUGCGAGAGGCCAGGAAACCAGAUGGCUCCACAGAACAUGUGGGACACAUCCUAGUGGACUGGCUUCCCUGUCUAGACUCCUACAACUCAUACUGCAGUAAUCAGGUGGCAGCCAAGGCUCUGCUGGACCAUAAGAAGCAGGACCACCGGGUGCACGACUUCCUGCAGCGCUGCCUGGAGUCGCCCUUCAGCAGGAAGCUGGACCUGUGGAACUUCCUGGAUAUACCCAGGAGCCGGCUGGUCAAAUACCCCCUGCUGCUCAGGGAGAUCCUCAAACACACGCCGAACGACCAUCCAGACCGACAGUACCUGGAGGAGGCAAUCAACAUUAUCCAGAGCAUCGUGGCAGAGAUCAACACCCAGACGGGCGAGUCAGAGUGUCGUUUCUACAAGGAACGUCUCCUCUACCUAGAGGGCAGCCAGAGAGACCUACUCAUUGACAGCUCCCGCAUCCUCAGCUGUCACGGGGAACUGAAGAACAACAGGGGUGCUAAGCUGCAUGUGUUCCUGUUCCAGGACGUGCUGGUCAUCACUAGAGCCAUCGCCCACAAUGAGCAGCUGUACUACCAGCUGUACCGCCAGCCCAUCCCCAUCAGAGAGCUGCAGUGGGAGGACCUGCAGGACGGGGUGAUACGCCUGGGAGGCUCCAUCAGAGGAGCCUUCAGCAACAACGAGAGGACCAAGAACUUCUUCAGAGUGUCGUUUCAUAGCAGUAGCCAGCUCCACUCCCACUCCUUCCAAGCCAGCGAUGCAUUCAACAAACAGCAGUGGCUCAACUGCAUUCGACAGGCCAAAGGAGCUGCUGAGUCGGCCAUGGGGGUUGUGGGGUUUGGGAUUCCUGUCGGGGUGGAAACCAGUAUCAGUGACCCAGAGCCCCCUCCAAGCCUACUCAGCCCCCACGGCCCUCUGAGCCCUACAACACCUCGCCUCUCAGGACCACUGUCCCCCCAGCCAAAAAGCAUGGACCAUUGCGACAGUGAUUCGUCUGUCGACUCUCCAGGCUGUAGCAUGGACAUGGACACAAGCGAGGCUUUGGCCUGUGCCCUGAUGGACCAAACAGACUCUAGUAGUAGCAGGCCAUCAGAAGUGUGACCUUCGGGGUGUCAUGGCCUCUCUGGGUUAGAGAGGCUAGAGUCUAAACCUUGGCAGUAUUGGUGGCAACAUGGCAAUGCUCCCUAUAUACGGGAGGGAAGAAAUACACUGUGGAAAAUUGGAGCACUUUUUUUUUUAUUCUGCCCACUUUUUUCAUUUGUUAGUUUUCUUUGUUGCUGAACUUGGGGGAAAAAACAACUCUCAUUCUCUCUCUUGAGCAUCUUUAUAUGAGACUGAGGUGUUGUCUGUAGCAGUGACAACCAUGUAUCUUAGCUGUGACUGUCAGGUCUACUGUGGAUGUCUACCUGGAGAGGAGGGAAGGCAGACAUGACUGGGACCACAGGACUGUAUUUUUGUUGUCUCUCCUGGUCCGACUCUGGGCCUCUACAGACUCUGCAAUCACACGUUAUCCCACUGCAGUACUACUAUGGCCUCCCAGAGCUUAAUAGAAUACACUGAUGAUAUUCACAUCCCUGUUAGUGAGCAUUUCUUCUUUGCAAAGAUAAUCCAUCCACCUGACAGGUGUGGCAUAUCAAGAAGCUAAUUAAACAGCAUGACCAUUACACAGGUGCACCUUGUGCUGGGGACAAUAAAAGGCCACUCUAAAAAUGUGCAGUUUUGUCACACAACACAAUCACAAUGUCACAAGUUGAGGGAGUGUACAAUUGGCAUGCUGGCUGCAGGAAUGUCCACCAGAGCUGUUGACAGAUAAUAAAAUGUCAACUUCUCUACCAUAGGCCGCCUCCAAUGUUGUUUUAAAGAAUUUGGCAGUACGUCCAACCGGCCUCACAACCGCAGACCAUGUGCAACCACGCUAGCUCAGGACCUCCAUAUCAGGCUUCUUCACCUGCGGGAUCAUCUGAGACAAGCCAGCAGGCCAGCUGAAACAGGAAUAUUUUUGUCUGUAAUACACACCAUUUGUGGGGGAAAGACCUGUUCUCAGUGGCUGGGCCUAUGCCCAGUCAUGUGAAAUGCAUAGAUUAGGGUCUAAUGAAUAUAUCAAUUGACGGAUUUCCUUAUGUACUGUAUCUCAGUAAAAUCGUUAAUUCUUGCA